AUCUCAUUUUGUCGUCCACACUUCAUUCGACAAAGUUCUUUCUUUCAAAGCAGCAAUCUCGCCCUCUUCCCCUUUGGAGAUCAACAUGCGCUUGUGCUUUAGCUUCUUUCGCUCGCACUUUGACGAUGGUGCCGAUCACCGAAUCUCCAUUGGUUUCUCGGCAAUCCACUCCCCAGGUUUUCCUAUCGAUUGCAGGACAUCGAGCAAGAGUUAAUGGACCGAACUAUCACCGGACUGUCGUUGUCCAUGUCAAGAGAUUUGCGCGACGAUUCUGAUGAUUCGAUCGUACCAGUUUGCCAGUUGCUUCAUCAAUGAUUGGUGCCCACGUUGACGCAAGUUUCUACCAAGCUCGAUCACUGGGACGAUCGUCGUUUGAGGACCACGUUGGAGCAUUUGCAAAGCAACAAGAUCACGAAGAUGAGAUUGUAUUCCAAAAACCGUCCUGAAUAUCUAUUUCAGUUUUCUGGUACGUCUUGGAACCUCAUUGGCCAAUGCUUUCCUCGACUACAAGACUUGCAAGUCGUAGGAGACUUGCCCUUGGAACAUUCCAUCCAAGGAUUGACGCAGUCAGUGUUGAUCUUGACCGACAACCGCCUGUGCCGGUUGUCCGUCGAAGGGUGCACCAUGGACAGUCACGAGGCACCAGCGCCCACCAGCGAAUCUUCCGAAUGGUAUGCGCUCGUUUGUGCCCUCCGUUCAAGCCGUCACUUGGAUCAGUUGACCAUCCGCAUCCGUGCCCGUUUAACUGAUUCCAUCCUGCGUGAGGCAAUGAUUCAUCGAGGCAAGAUGCAUUCGAAACUUGACGACAAGAAUCCAAAUCAAACAACUUUGGAACAGUUUGUGAAAGCUCUCAUUUACGUUCGGAGUCGGGCCGACUGCUUGCACUACUUCCUGCACCCCGACGAAUUUGGAGUUUCACCCGAUCUUUACGCGAAACAAGAAAUCGGAGAAACAUCCGAUACUGCUUCUGUUGGAUUUCCUUCUGUCUAAGAACAUUGACUGUCACUCGACUCACACUCCUUGCGGCUCCCGGUCAUGGUAAGGAUCUACCGGUAGGAAGAAAAGAAACGAUAAUUAUAAUAGAGGCAUAGAUCAGCAAGUCCUUUGACACCGAC